AUGCACAGUAGAUGGAGGCGCCUCUGAAUCAUCAUCUGCCUGACCAGCAGGCGAAGGAGUCUGAGACCUGACCUUCUUUGCCAUACCAAUAACCCGCACCUUCGCGAUGUCUGUGUUGUAAUGACGAGCCUGGUGAGCCUGGUAGAGCAAAUGGUGGACUUGUUCAUCACUCUUGCAAGGAGUCUGCGAAAAACAUGUCAAACAGAACUCAAAAAAAAAAAAAAAAAAAAAAAAAAAAAAAAAAAAAAAAAAAAAAAAAGCCACUCACCUCAACACAAGCCAAACCACCACCAUGACCCUGUUCAAUGCACCUGCGACACUUAUCUGCACGACUCACACCAAUCUGCGACCAUAUCAGACCAAAACUCUGACUCUUCAGCAUCAAGACAUUCAACCAUGGCAGCCUCCUGCUCAGCUGCAACCUCCUCUGCUAGCUCUCUGACAAAUUCCUCCAUAUCAUCAAUUUCCACGUCUCCAUCCUCCUGUAUAUGCAAGUGAUCAGGUCCUGCUGCACCUUCGUCAUUGGUAGAAGACUCAUAGUCACUGUCAAAACAAAGAGACGCAUGUUCUGAAACCAAUCCAUACUUUCACAGAAUUCGACCAGCAUGGUGGAUGGUCUUGAGCU